GGGUUCGUCCGUUUGAGAAAAGAGCUGUGAUUCAGUCAGCGCCGCAAGUAAAGAAGGACUCUGAAGUUACCGGCGUCGGUGUAGCUUUCUGGAUGAAGUGAUGCGUUAAUGAGGAGGGAAAGAAGAAAUGAUGCUGAUCCGAGCCGAGCCGAGGUCUGCAGCUUCACCUCAUCCGCGGAAAAGCGGGAUCUCCCUCUAACUUUUCACGCGCUGAAGUUUUAUCUCAGCUGUUUUUUACUGCUCAGUUAUCCCCCGGAGGUUCCGCGAGCGCUGUUCGCCUGCCAUGGUCGCUCCAUCGGUCCACGGAGCGCUUUUCCUGUGCGCCUUCCUCCAGCUGUUUCCCCUUCCUGGCGGACAGGUGCCGGACUGCCAGGAAGUGCGCGCGGUGUUUCACUCCCUUCACCCCGGAUCCAAGUGGGUCCCCGAGACACCGGUGUCAGGUGCGGAUCUGCAGGUUUGCCAAACCAAAGGCCCAACCUGCUGUUCCAAGAAGAUGGAGGAGCGGUAUCAGGUAGCCGCUCGCAGCAACAUGGAAUCAGGUCUGCAGGUUGUCAGUGCACACCUCAAACGCCUCAUCAUCCAGAACGCUGCCAUCUUCCAAGAGGCCUUUGACCUGGUGCUCCGUCAUGGACGAAACUCCACCCUGACUGUGCUGAAGCUGGAGUUCCCAGGUCUGGGAGGUGGCGCCCUGAGCUCUAUAGGGCAGUUCUUCCUGGACAUGUCACUCUACAUCCUUGGCUCGGACUCCACAGUGGACCACAUGGUUGAAACGCUCUUCGGCAGACUCUUCCCCCUCAUGUACCGCCGCCUGCUGGGAGGCAGUGCAUCCUCUGUGUCCGAGGAGUGCCUACGAGGAGCCUGGAAGGAAUCUGGAGCAUUUGGCUCUUAUCCUAAACUGAUGAUGACUCGCCUGUCUCGUUCCCUCCUGGCCACACGAGUCUUCCUGCAGGCACUGAACCUGGGCAUUGAGGUUGUCAACACAACCGACCAUCUGCGACCCGGCCGAGACUGCAGCCGGGCUCUGCUCAGGCUGUGGUACUGCCCGCACUGCCAGGGCAUGCUGGGGCCGCCGGCCUGCAGAGGCUUCUGUCAGACGGUGAUGCAAGGCUGCCUGGGGGGAGCUGCUGAAGUUCAGCCUCACUGGAGGAGCUACAUAGAUGGAUUGGGAAAGCUGGCUGGUGGCAUGAAGGGAGAGCAGGACAUGGAGGCUGUUGUUCUUAGACUGCCUUCAAUGAUUAAACUGGCUCUCAAGCAUGCUGUUAACGCCCGCAGCCGUCUCGGCAACCUGGUCAGCGGGAUGUGCGGAAACUCUCCUCAGCGGGCUUCUCGUUCUGUGGAUUCUCCUCCUCCAAACCAGUCUCCCGCGGCCUCUGCACCCCGCAGUGCUCAGCCUUCGGACUCUGAUGAGACACUAGCGGGCCUCCGCAGGGAGUUCAUCACCACCCUGAGAGGCUUCAGCUCCUUCUACAGCGGCCUUGGGGAGGCGUUGUGCAGUCGUGAGCCCUCUCCAGCGAACCACUCCCUCUGUUGGAAUGGCCAGGAGAUGACGGACAGGUUUCCCGGACCGGGCCUGAAACGACUGCUUCCCGGCUCCGAGUCCAAGAGCAACAAGCCCCCUGAGCCGGUCAUCAGUCAGAUCAUCGAUAAACUCAAACACAUCAACCAGUUGCUACGAACGGUGACAGCACCUGAGAAGCGCUGGAGAGCCCGGUCACGUGGAGGUGGAGCGGACGGGUGGAGCGACGAUGGGGAGGAAGGGUUCGAGAGUGGUGACUGUGACGAUGAAGACGAGUGCACUGGCGUGUCGGGGCUGGGGCCACCACCAAGACGCAAACGGUUACGCAUCUUUGCAGACCUCUCUGAUAAUCUGGCAAUGGAUGACUUCACCUUCCAGGAGCAGCUGUUGACCCCUCGGCUGGCCACCGCCGGGGUCGGAGGCGUCCCCUCACCUGCAGCUCCAUUGUGGAGAAGCUACCUGCUUCCAGUCCUACCUGUGAUGAUCAUUCUACUCCUGCUUUGCCACCACUGACCCGUGCACUCCCGCUACCUCUUUCAUUUAAGAUCUUCUGGACACUUUGCGGAAAGUGACAAAUUAUUUGAGAUUUGGGUACUGAUAGGAAUUACAGUGGCUCAUGAAAUGAAGCAUGGCCAACUUCUUGUUUGUCUGAAUCAGAACUUGUUUCAGAAUCAGUGGAUGUCCUCAACAAACCCAUUAAAGCACACCUGAUACAUCCAUGUGCAUCGUGUAAAUACGAAUACUUGCCUACUGACCCUUUUCCACCAUGCUUGUUUGGACUUUUGUGCUCUCUUCUUUUCCUCCCACUUCCCCUCAUGUUAACUUCCUCUGUAUAGUAACAAUGUGAUCGAGAUCCUCAUCUUUAGCUUUCUUAUGGACCUUUAAGUGAGAACCUGACACACAACAGACCUUUUAUACAGUGCUCCCACUCAGUCUAUACUGAGUUAAUGCCUUGGAGGAGCAAUCUGGAAGAAGCAGAAGUCAGUUGCUGCUAAUUUCUCUCAUGACAGUCAAUGAUCUCUUGCCAGCACUGGACUUGAAGAGUUUUAAUGAGCUUUUUAUUCCCAAAAGUUCACAGGAAAUCACUUAUUAAAGAUGCACCUUUCCCACUACUCUGUCUUUAACUCUGAUUGUUAAUGUUCUGGUGAUAGCAAACAUAUGUCCCACUACCACUGUUUCAUUUUUAAAACUGCUAACAGUCUGUGACUUAAAACAAAAAAAAAAAAAUGGUUCAAGGGCUAUCACCAGCAGAGAAGUCCCUAAAUCAGCUUGAUAAGCAUACAGACAUAUAUUUCUCUGUGUCAGUGCCAUGUUUACAACAAUACAAAAAAAGUGUUAAUUUACAAUAUAUUGGUUUGUGGACUGAACUACUUGCUGGACUGUGACGCUUUGCUGCAGAUUUCUAGCUUAUUCUUUAGCCCUGUGCAUUACACAUGAAAUAUAAAUAUGUAAAACAAUGUGUAAAUUAAUCUUAUGCUUGUUUGUAUUGAGCCCAUGUAUUUUCACAGUCUGGCCUUUGUAUUUAACCACUUGUUCCUCUGUAGGUUUUUUUUUUCUUUUGCAUACAACCAGAAGUUACAUUUCAUGUUAUUGUUUAUUUAUUUUUGUUUUUGUGGUGAAAAAUGAAAUCCAGCUCACUUGUUGUUUAUACUGGAGGACAUGUGAUGGAUGUGUGGAAGAAAACUAAUUAAAAGUUUUCCACUGCU